AUGACCUCUGAGGCAGGCCUGACCACAGUAUACUAUUUCAUACCAUUAGAUGGCGACAGGGAGGAUAAUCCGAAUACAUUUAAAGUUCAGGGUGAUUAUUCAUCCUUAACAAUAAAACAGGUAAAAGAUUCUUUUCCAUUACCUGGAAUUUACUACUUUAGAUUUAAGGUGCGUAUAGGAAAUACUUAUGCAUGGAUGGAUCCUUUAAGUGAUGAUGAUAUUGUGCCUUUAUAUGAUGAUGCAAUCAUAGCAAAAGUUUUAAGGAUAAAUUGGGAUUACAAUUGUAGACUCACCCAUAGAUCAAAAAAUAAGCAAGACGCUCAUUCAGCCACAACAAGAGUAGUUUCUCCGCCAAGCUCUUUAAGUGGUGUUUUUUACCAACAAAAAAACCAAAUUCAACACCAACCCCCUACAAAAACAUCCCAACCCCACCCUCCACCACCACCUCCGCCACCUCCUAUCUUAAGGCAUUCAAUGACUUCUGAUACAAUUCCAUCAACCUCUAAUAAUGUCGAUUUAAUUGAUUUAAACUGUGAUUAUCCUAAGUGGAAUUCAAGUUCUGGAUACAUAUAA